AUGGUACAGGCCAUUGCCGCGCGGCGACGCGCGGCUGCCGAAGCCGGGGGUGCCCUUGGUGCUGAUGCCCCUGCCCCCAGCCCCGUGAGCCCCACGCAAGCCGCGGCUCAGCGCCUGCGGCGCGAGAAUGGCGCGUCCAUCACCACGACGCAGCUGCUCGCAGACAGCUACGCUAGCCCGCACGCUGCUGCCCGCGCGCUCCUGCACGUUUCGACGCAGCCGACGGGUGGCUUGGGCUCCGGCUUCCCACAGGGAGGAGGCAGCAGCAGCAGUGGCGGGCCGUAUGGCCGACCGCAUUCCUCGGAGCCCCACCCCCGGGGGCAACCGCCGCACCAGUGGCAUCAGCAGCAGCACGAGCCGUGGCGGCCCUUGGGCCCGGCCAGCGCAGGCCCGCCCCUGGCGACGCCGGGCCUCAGUGGCGGCCGCGCAGCCCCGCCAGGCACGCCCCAGGCCCGCACCCACUGGAUGACUGCCGCCGCCGCCAGUCACGACCGGCCGCCACCCCGCGAAUGGCGGCCGGACCCCAACUUCCCGUGGGCGGAGGGGGAGAUUGCGCACCCCCGGGGCUUCGACCCGGCGGUGCAGCCAGCCUCCCACAACCAAGGGCUUAAGGCCCGUCAGGCCCACCUGCGCCUGAACAUGUACGGGUACGAGUUGCGCAAACUCCUCAACGCUCUGCAGACGUACGUGAGCACUCAACUGCAGAACCGCCCGUCCACGGUUGGCGGGGCUCUGCAGCAUGCGCUCACCUGCUUCGAAGGCGACGACCAAACGCACGUGAGCGCCUCCAUGCCCCUCAUCACGGGCGACCUCAUGUAUGCGCUCCCCCCGCCCCAGCGCUUUGCAGGGGCUUACCUGCACCCAAACCAGGCGAACAAGGUUGGGGCUGUCAUCGCUUACAGCGUGCGGGCGCACCUGUACAACAAGCAGCCUGAGCGCGAUGUGACCGCGCUGCGCGCUAUCCGCCAAGGGGAGACUUCAGUCAGCUGCGCGCGGGUGGACAAAAAUGAGCCGCCCAGCGAGGCCCUGGAGCGGUUCAUGAUGCUUGCGCGUGACCCCCCCAUUCAGGCGCGCGUCUCCGUGACGGAUAUGCUCAACCUGAUCGGAAACAUGCUGCAUAGGCAUCUCAACCAGGACUGGCGCCUGAUCCGGCAGAUGCACAUGAGCGGGCGCGUGGCCACCGACAAUGACCACGCGGCCAUGCUGAGUGCGCUUGAGACAGAGGCCAAGCACAUCUUGGACGAGGCGUGGGACGCUUACCUCGCCCGCCUCCCCGAGGGUGACCAGUGCGCCCAGCUGGAGCCUGAGCCCGCCGCAGCGGCCGUCCCCCGGCGUCCGUGCGGCCCCCGCGCGGCCGCGGACGCCACCCUCAUGGAGGGGGAUGAGGGGGAGGACCCCAUGGCAGCUGCGCUGGCCGCCCUCGCGACCCUUGCGGCUGCCGCGGCGGUCCCGGCCGGCCGCCAGCGUCUCAACAGUAUUCUUGCGGCAGCAGCCGGCGCCGGCCCCGCCCCGCCGCCCGCCGUCGCGGCGCCCGUGGGAGGGACCGUGCAGC